CAACACAGGAUGAGAACGAGCGGCAUUGCUCCUUAGAGAUCCUCUCCUACGUUAAGUAAUUCUAGAAAGAAAAUAGUACGUGGAAACUCAUCAGCUGGGAAAUAUCGGGCUUUUGUGUUUUUCCUCGCGCGUUUCCUCAUCUGCUUUAUUCUUCUGGUACAUAGGCUCAACACUGAAGAAAUACAAUCCGGUUUGACUUGUGCGCGGCAAUCUAACUAGCCAGCUAGCGACUACUUCAGUGAAGAGUGGCUGGGACAGAAUGGAGCUAAUAACAAUCCUCGAAAAAACUGUGUCUCCAGAUCGGAAUGAGCUGGAGGCGGCGCAGAAGUUUUUGGAGCAGGCGGCGAUUGAAAAUUUGCCCACUUUCCUGGUGGAGCUAUCCAAGGUGUUGGCUAACCCAGGGAACACACAGGUAGCGCGCGUGGCUGCCGGCCUCCAGGUGAAGAACUCUCUGACCUCCAAGGACCCAGAUGUGAAGACACGGUACCAACAGAGAUGGCUGGCCAUCGACGCCAACGCACGCAGGGAAAUCAAGAACUAUGUUCUCCAAACCCUGGGCACAGAGACGUACCGGCCCAGUUCGGCCUCCCAGUGUGUGGCCGGAAUCGCCUGCGCAGAGAUCCCAGUCUCCCAGUGGCCAGAGCUCAUCCCCCAGCUGGUGGCCAACGUGACAGACCCCAGCAGCACGGAGCACAUGAAGGAGUCCACCCUGGAGGCCAUCGGAUACAUCUGUCAGGACAUCGAACCUGAGCACCUCCAGGACAGCGCCAACCAGAUCCUCACCGCCAUCAUCCAGGGAAUGAGGAAGGAGGAACCCAGUAACAACGUCAAACUGGCCGCCACUAACGCACUGCUCAACUCACUGGAGUUCACCAAAGCUAACUUUGACAAGGAGACGGAGAGACACUUUAUAAUGCAGGUCGUUUGUGAGGCCACGCAGUGUCCAGACACCAGGGUACGAGUGGCUGCCUUACAGAAUCUGGUGAAAAUCAUGUCCCUGUAUUAUCAGUACAUGGAGACGUAUAUGGGUCCUGCCCUGUUUGCGAUCACAAUAGAAGCUAUGAAAAGCGACAUCGAUGAAGUUGCCUUACAAGGAAUCGAGUUCUGGUCCAACGUGUGCGACGAGGAGAUGGAUCUAGCCAUCGAGGCGUCCGAGGCGUCAGAACAAGGCCGCCCCCCGGAACACACGAGCAAGUUUUACGCCAAAGGAGCCUUGCAGUACCUUGUACCCAUUCUCACUCAGACGCUUACCAAGCAGGAUGAGAACGAUGACGAUGACGACUGGAACCCCUGUAAGGCGGCGGGCGUGUGCCUGAUGCUGCUGGCCACCUGCUGCGAGGAUGACGUGGUUCCCCACGUCCUGCCCUUCAUCAAAGAGAACAUCAAACACCCCGACUGGCGGUACCGCGACGCCUCCGUCAUGGCCUUCGGCUCCAUCCUGGAAGGACCCGAACUCAACCAACUCAAACCCCUUGUCAUCCAGGCCAUGCCCACCCUCAUCGAGCUAAUGAAAGACCCCAGCGUGGUGGUGAGGGACACCACGGCCUGGACGGUGGGCCGGAUCUGUGAGCUGCUGCCGGAGGCGGCCAUAAACGAGGUGUACCUGGCCCCUCUCCUGCAGUGCCUGAUCGAGGGCCUGGGGGCCGAGCCCCGCGUGGCAUCCAACGUCUGCUGGGCUUUCUCCAGCCUGGCCGAGGCCGCGUACGAAGCCACCGACGCUGCAGAAGACCAAGAAGAGCCCAGCACCUACUGCCUCUCCUCCUCCUUCGAGCUCAUCGUACAGAAACUUCUGGAAACCACAGACAGGCCGGACGGGCACCAGAACAACCUGCGCAGCGCGGCGUACGAAGCCCUGAUGGAGAUCGUCAAGAACAGCGCCAAAGACUGCUACCCAGCCGUGCAGAAGACCACCCUGGUCAUUAUGGAGCGCCUGCAGCAGGUCCUGCAGAUGGAGUCUCACAUCCAGAGCACGUCAGACAGAAUCCAGUUCAACGACCUGCAGUCCCUUCUCUGUGCAACCCUUCAGAACGUUUUGCGGAAGGUGCAGCACCAGGACGCCCUGCAGAUCUCGGACGUGGUGAUGGCGUCUCUGCUGCGGAUGUUCCAGAGCACGGCGGGCUCGGGGGGCGUGCAGGAGGACGCGCUCAUGGCCGUCAGCACCCUAGUGGAAGUACUGGGCAGUGACUUCUUGAAAUACAUGGAUGCCUUCAAACCUUUCCUCGCUAUCGGACUCAAAAACUACGCUGAAUAUCAGGUGUGCCUGGCUGCUGUGGGCCUGGUGUGCGACCUGUGUCGGGCUCUGAUGGCCAACAUUUUGCCUUACUGCGAUGAGAUCAUGCAGCUGCUGCUGGAGAACCUCGGAAAUGAGAAUGUACACAGGUCAGUGAAACCUCAGAUCCUGUCUGCAUUUGGUGAUAUCGCCCUUGCUAUCGGAGGAGAGUUUAAGAAGUACUUGGAGAUUGUUCUAGAUACUCUGCAGCAGGCCUCUCAGGCACAAGUGGACAAGACAGACUAUGACAUGGUGGACUACUUGAAUGAGCUGAGAGAGGGCUGUUUAGAGGCUUACACAGGGAUCAUCCAGGGCCUGAAAGGAGACCAGGAAAACGUGCACCCUGACGUAAUGCUGGUUCAGCCUCGCGUGGAGUUCAUCCUCUCUUUUAUCCACCAUAUCGCUGAGGACGAGGAUCACUCUGACGGCGUGGUGGCCAACGCCGCCGGACUCAUCGGCGACCUUUGUACAGUCUUCGGCAAAGACGUGAUGAAGCUGGUGGAGGUGAGGCCUCAGAUCAACGACCUGCUGACGGAGGGUCGGAGGUCCAAGACCAGCAAAACCAAGACCUUGGCCACAUGGGCCACCAAGGAGCUUCGCAAACUUAAGAGCCAAGCCUGAUUUCGAGCUGGUUGGGGAAACAGAAAAAAUCCAACAAUGAACAAUGAAAAAAAAAAAAAACACCCCACUGGAAUUUCUUCUGUCUUUUGCGCAUACAAGUUAAAGCAGAAGUGAAGCGUGCGCUGAGAUGAGUGUCUGAGAAUAUGAGCGAGUGAGAGCGAGCGAGCGAGAGAGAGAGAGAGAGCGAGCGAGAGAGAGAGAAAGAGUGAGAGAGAGAGAGAGAGAGAGCGAGCGAGGAUUGACAUCACACCACCUUCUGAGUACAAUUCCAGCAGUCGCCGGCAGUCAAGCAGUCGCCCCCCCCUCCAAAUAAACCUUUAUUGCCCCUUUCCAGUUGCCCCCCCCCCCCCAAACCCCCUUUUCCUCCUGCCUCCUAUGGACCGAACCUGACGUAACUUGGGACACCUCAAACCUGGAUUGCUGUAACUGGCUAGUUGUAUAGAAACUCUUUACAAACUUAAAAAAAAAAAAAAAAAAUUAGU